AUGGCUGCUAUGCUUGAGUUCCGAACGAGGGGCUUCAAUCCAUACGCCGUCAAGUACUCUCCUUACUAUGACAACCGAGUGGCCGUGGCCUCGGCCGCCAACUUUGGCAUCGUGGGCAAUGGCCGUCUCUUUGCGCUUGGUCUGACGGCUGCUGGCAUCCAGGUGGAGAAGACCUUCGAUACGAACGACGCACUGUACGACCUAGCGUGGUCCGAGAUAAACGAGAACCAACUGCUCGCCGCAUGCGGUGAUGGCUCCAUCAAGCUGUUCGACCUCGGCGUCGACACCUACCCAGUCAUGAACUACCACGAGCACAAGAGGGAGACAUUCUCGGUGUUCUGGAACCAGACGACAAAAGACACCUUCGUCUCAAGCUCAUGGGACGGCACCGUCAAGAUAUGGUCGCCAACCCGCCCACAGUCCCUCAAGACCCUCCCCAUCGGCAGCUGCACCUACAGCGUGUCCUUCUCCCCGCACAACCCGGCCCUCAUCUCCGCCGUCUCCUCAGACUCGCGCCUCCGCGUCUUCGACCUGCGCACCCCGCCCUCGGCCAAGUACCACCUGGUGCACGACGUGCCGGUGCACCAGACGCCCGCGGCCCGCAUCGCAGGGGCGCCGCCAGGCCUGGGGCCGGGCCAGCCCGCCGAGGUGCUGACGCACGACUGGAACAAGUACAGCCCCACGGGGGUGAUCGCGACGGCGGGCGUGGACCGCGCCAUCCGCACCUUCGACCUGCGCGCCCCCUACGCGGGGCCCGUCGCCGUCCUCGAGGGCCACGGCUACGCGGUGCGCCGGCUCGCCUGGAGCCCGCACGCCAGCGACGUCCUCGUCAGCGCCAGCUACGACAUGUCGGUGCGCGUCUGGACCGACGGCUCCACCAUGGCGCCGCCCGCCGACCCGGGCCCCGCGGGAGAUCUGGGUGGCGCCCCCGUGCGUCCGGGCGUGCAGCUCGGGCUGAUGAACCGCCACACCGAGUUCGCGACGGGUGUCGACUGGUGCCUGUUUGGGGCGGGCGGCUGGGUGGCUUCUGCCGGGUGGGACGAGAGGGUUCUGCUCUGGGAUGCGAACUCGCUCAUAAGAAGAUAG